AUGGUGUCACAUCUACGCCGCCCUAAUCCUUGCGCUCUGCACUGUUGUAUCCAGAAAGUUCCCGAUACCAUCCGGGGCUCGGACGCGGGCUCCGGCCUGCUAGCAAUGAGCGCGUUGAUCUGGGUUGUGAGGCGGUUCCAGCGCCUGACCGGCGACCUCCGUCGCAUUGCCACAAGCAUGGACAAGCCCACCGUCUCGGGGUUGAAGGCGCUGCGGAACGAGAUGGUAGCCCUCAUCAAGAAGCAAGUCCCGCUCAUACGGUCGGGGAAAACCGUUGUUGCUGCCGACGCCUGUGACGACGACGGCGAGGAAGUCCAUUCUGCAUCCGCACCAGUAGGGGUCGCCCCGAACGUCGCUGAUGCGCGUGGCAAGUCGGGAGUCGGCGUCGACGAGGCCGAUGCGGCCGCAGGAAAGGGGGUGACCGGGACCGAGGUUGUUCACGGGGAUGAUGAUGGGGUCCAGGAUCGCGAGGAGGAACGUGAGGGUGAGGGGGGCUCGGAGGAGUCGUCGGGGUCGAUGUCGGGGUCGAGGUCGGGGUCGGGGUCAGGGUCGGGGUCGGGGUCGGAGUCGGAGGAGGAGCAGGAGCAGGAGCAGGAGACGCAGGAGCACGAGAGGCAGCACGAGGAGGAGCAGCUGGUAGAGGUGGAGGACGUGGAAAUGGCGGAGGGGUACGUUGUUGGAGGAGCGGAGGAAACGGGUGGGAGAUCGGCGGAUGUCGAGAACGACGAAGGGGAGGGGAAGGGUGCGACAGCGGAUCUCGGCGAGGUCGGCGUGGAGGCGGCUCACGGAGAUGGUGGCAUGGUCGAGGUCGGUGAAGGGGAUAACGCCGCGGUCCCGAAGCAGAGGGACGUGGAUGUGCAUACCGAUGCCACCGCGGAGAAGGCCGGGGGGGAGCGGUCUAGGAGGAAGAAGGCGGCGAGCGGUCAUCCCGGUUCCACCGCGGCUGGGCGGCAGGCGCGGCUGGACGUCGUCGAUCAGCUGAGAGCGGAGAACAGGCGAUUGCGUGCAGACAAUGCACGCCUUGAACGGCGGCUCGGUGAGCAGACGGGGCGUGUCGACAGCUUGGCGGCGGCUUUAGCUGGGCUCCUCGAGAAGGUGAAGGGUUUGACCGCCCAGGUCGCCGACACCGACCGGAAAUCGGAGGAGCGCCUCAAAGAGGCCACGUCGACCAUGGCGACCACAAUCACCAAGGGCCUGACCGACAACAUGGACAACGCAAUUCAAUCGGCCAAGUCCUUCGCCGAGCUAGCGAGGCAGAUGCUGCUGGAUCUUGACGACCCCAAGGGACGAGCGGCGGUCGCACGCGCGACCGCGGUGAAGACAUUGACCGAGCACGUGACGGCUGAGGUGGGCGAGGCGAGGAAGGGGUUGGAGGAGUCGUUCAUAAAAUACAUCAGCGCCGCGCAAACCAACAUUGCCGCCGCCGUCUCGCCCCUCCUAGUCCAGCCGCCGCCGCCGACCGCCCCAGCGCAGGCCUUGCCGGAAGAUUUCCUGAAGUCUUUCAAGGAGGACGUGCUGAAGGUGGUGACGGAGACCACGCAGCAGUCCUUUCUCGCCUCCCGACUGAAGAUAAUGACCGAGGUAGUCGGCACAGUGGCGACUGCUCGGCGUGGGUCGUCGCCGUCGGCAAACGACGCCGGCCAAGCGCAACCUAUGGAGGGCUUGAAGCUGGGUCACAAGAGGGGGGGAGGCGGCGGGGGGGGCGACGGGGACAAUUCGGCGAACACGAAGCGGAGCAAGGGAGGCGGGGGGUCUCGCGUCACCGGCGACGGGAGCAAGGGGGGCGGAGAAGGAGGCGGCGGGGGGGGGGGGGACGUAGACGAUUCGGCGGGCGCGAGGCGGACCAAGGGAGCGGUUGGUUCUCGCAUCGCAGGCGAUGGGAGCAUGGGAGCCGGCGACGUCAGUUCGGGGAAGCAGUCGGGGAAGAGCGUGGUCGACAUCCUCAGGAAGCACUGGGCUCAGGUUGGAGCGGCCAGCACGUGCCAUGGUGGUGGGGGUCCCGCCGACGAGCAUGCCACUGAUGACGCACUGCCAAUGGCUCCGCCUUCGGUCGGCGUUAAGCCACCACGACAGGGUAGCGGUGACAAGGAGAAGGAGAAGGCCGCCGCCAAAACGGCCCCAGGCGGGUCCGGGAAAGCUGGCCAGGGCCCGAAGACAGGGGUUGCGGAGGCGUCAGCGGUUCCUCACCAGUCUCCCGCGGGUGCACGCCAUCCGACCGGACCGUCUGCGGGGCGACCUGCCGACGUCCCGCGCCAUGCCGACGUACCGUCUGCCGACAAGGUUGGCCGCGCGGGAAAAGGGGCGGCAGUUGCGGACGCGCUCAAGGAGCACCUCAUGCUCCUAGCCGGCCACAGGGCUGUUCAACUACCCCCCCCUGCUGUCGACGUCCCAUCGGCGAGUGUGCCACGUGUAGUGCCGGUCGUCGCCGCCCGUACUCCUGCAGACCCAAAGUCCGCGUUGCUGCGCGCCCAGCUGGGCGCACUAGCGUUGACUGCGAGGACUCAGCAGGCUUCUGGCUCUGGCGCUAAGCCGUCGUCGGCGAAUGUCGCACCACCCACCCAUGUGGCAGCUGAUGUGGAGAAGACGGCGGAGAAGGGCGUUCGUGCCGCGCUUGCCACCGGCGGCGGCGCCGUUGAGGAGGUCCCCGCAGACGCUUAUAUCGCUGCCAUACAGGCCCAUCUGGAUGCAGCCAAUCCCCGAACCCUGGCCAUCUCCGACACGGCACAUGUGGAGCCUUCGGCGGGACUCGUCGGCAUCGCGGCAGAGCCUAGUGUGACCGGUGAUGCGGUCGGUGAAGGAAAGUCGAAACGGAAGGGGAUGGCGGGCUCACAGAGGAAGACGCGGGAGAAGUCGGAGGUGAAGGCGGCGGAUAAACAGAAGGGGAUGGCGGCAGAGACGGCGGCGGACAAAGAUGGAGGCGGCAUUGCGGAGGUUGAAGGGAAAGGGGAGAAUCAGGAGAAGUUGCCCGGCGAGGGUACAUCGACGGGGAGGAAGGGGAAGGACAAGUCGGUCGGAGAAGGUGGGUCGACCGGGAGAAAGGGGAAGGAGAAGGCGGUCGGCGAGGGUUCCUCGAAGGGGAGAAAGGGAAAGAGGAAGGCAGAGGAGGAGGAUGAGGAUGUCGAGGAGGUGGAGGAGGUCGAGCAGGAGGAAGAGGAGGAGGAGGAGGAGGAGGAGGAGGAGGAGGAGGAGGAGGAGGAGGAGGAGGAGGAGGAGGAGGAGGAGGAGGAGGGGAAGGGCAAGGAGAGGAGGGGUCAUGGCAUCCGACACGAUACCUCGAGCGACAAGCAAGGGUGGGUCGGCGAGAUUAAGGUGCACGGCAUCAAUCGAUACAUCGGCAAGUCGUGGGACAAGAUGGAGCUCGCGUACGUUCACUCCAUCGCGUACGUCAUCUACGACGGUUUCGUGAGCAAGGUGCUCAUGACCGAGCUCACUGGCUUGGACAACGCCGAAUUGGAGAGGUGGAAGGAGGUGUGGGAGGAGGUCAAGAUCUUGCCGACAGGGAUGUGGACGGUGAUGUGGGCCCGGGGCCGGGUGUCAAUGUGCGCUGCGUAUGGGAAGACCGCUGCGGCAGCGGCGAAGAAGGAGGGAGACAAGGAGGAGAGGACGGAUAUGGCGGCAUGGGUGUUAGCAGCAUCCGCAUGCGCUGUGUGGUGCUUCGUCGAGAACGGCGAUGCCCAGCUGGCGGAUGCUGUGGAAGAAGGGAAGUCGGCGGCGAUCAUCGGCGGAGCGAGCCAGGCGACCGCCGAUGUAUUUGGAAAAGUCAUGGAGGCGGUGCUGAACGCCGAGAUGAACAGGGACCGCCCCCUGGGAGAGGUUGCUUACAACGUCGCGCCAGCGCUCCAGAGGACCGCCCUUGAUAGGGUCUAUCCGGGGGGGAAUGCUGGAGUAGAUGCCGACGUUAUCGCUAGAGCGACGGUUGAGACGAUGGCGUUUUGGGGAAUGUGCCCCGUCGCCGGGCCGAAACUAAGAGCGAGGGACAUCGCGGUGCCGAUUGACGCGCAGAUGAAGGCCGAUCUUGACAACAGGGGGAGGAAGGGUCUGAGGGGCAAGAAGGGGACGAAGGCCAAGGGCGGCACGGGGAAGAAGGGCAAGAAGGCGAAGAAGGACAGCACGACGGCCUAG